AUGGGCACUUUAUUUCUUCAACUUGGCCUCGGCGCGGCCUUGAUAGCGGUGUACGUGAUCAACAAACUUUUGAGUGCAUCCAAAAAUGCAGGCCGGCCUCCUUUGCCGCCCGGACCCAAGGGCCUCCCGAUAGUGGGAAAUGUAAACGACUUGCCGAAGCCUGGAGAUUUCGAGGCUCAUCACUGGAUUAAGCACAAAGGUCGCUAUGGUCCUCUCAGCUCUGUUACAGUACUAGGCCAAACCUUGGUUAUUAUCAACGACCUGCAGCUAGCCCUCGAGUUGCUGGAGAAACGAUCCGUGAAGUACUCUUCGAGACCAAGGCAGAUUUUUGCCGGCGAAAUGAUUGGCUGGAAGAAUACGCUCGCGAUGCAGGACCAUAAUGACAGAUUUCGCAACUACCGCAAGAACAUUAGUCGCAUCAUCGGCUCAAAGACGGCAGCGGCACAAUACGAUGCGCUCCAGGAAGCAGAAGUCGGUCAUUUCUUGCUGCACGUUCUUGACCAUCCCGAGAAACUCAGAGAUCAUAUCAGACGGGAGGCUGGCUCGGUUAUUUUAAGAGUUGCGUACGGUUAUAACCCGGAGCCAUUCAAGGACGACUACCUCAUUGAUUUGGCCGGAGAAGCCAUGGACCAGUUUGCCCAAGCUGCUGUUCCUGGAGCCUUCUUGGUAGACAUCUUCCCUCUCUUACGUCAUAUUCCCGACUGGUUUCCGGGGGCCAAAUUCAAGCAAACUGCGAAGGAGUGGCAUUCCACGCUGAGAGGCGUAGCAGAGAAGCCUUACGCCUUUGUCAAGCACCAAAUGGCUCAGGGAAAGGAUACAUCGUCUUUCGUCUCACAUCUUAUCAGAGAUGGUGGCCUAACGCCUGAGGAGGAUUUCGUCACGAAGUGGUCAGCAGCGUCAUUGUACACCGGCGGAGCCGACACGACCGUCUCUUCGAUUGAUUGCUUCUUCCUGGCCAUGACUCUCUUCCCCGGACCUCAACAAAAGGCACAGGAAGAGAUUGACAGAGUCAUCGGCACAGGCCGUCUUCCCCUUGCUUCUGACCGACCAAAUCUUCCCUACACAGACGCUCUUGUGAAGGAACUUCUUCGCUGGCAACCCAUUGCUCCUAUGGGUCUACCACAUGCAAGUUCUGACGACGAUGUAGUCGAGGGAUACUUCAUUCCGAAGGACGCACUACUUCUGCCGAACAUUUGGCACUUCACUCAUGAUCCGGAAGUGUGGGAUCAACCAGACGAGUUCAGACCCGAACGCUUUCUUUCUGGCCAAGAUCAGGAAUCCUCACUUGAUCCCCACAAAAUUGUCUUCGGCUUCGGUCGGCGGAUUUGCCCCGGACGCAUCCUCGCUGAUAAUGCACUAUUCAUCAAUGUUGCUCAAUCUCUUGCGGUCUUUAACAUCAGAAAACCUGUUGUUGAUGGAAAGGAAGUUGACCCUACGGUCAAGAUGACGCCGGGAAUCGUGAGCCAUCCUGAGCCCUUUGACACGUCCAUCAAGCCAAGGUCUGCGCAUCACGAGAAGUUGAUCCGUUCGCUGGAGCAAACAUACCCAUGGGAGGAAAGUGAUGGAAAGAUCUUGGAAAGCAUGGAGCUUUAG